CGAACCGGGCCGCACGGUCAUGACAAAGAAUGGAGACGCACACAACAAAGCCAAUUAAUAACCAAUUUAUUUAAAAAAAAAGUAACCUAAGAGAAAAUAACCCAACCUAACAAUGGCAUGUCUAGUCAGUGAGAUCAGUAGUGUAGGUGAGUGCAUGAGUGGAACAGUGUGUGAAUGUAUUGUUGUAUGGUGCAAAAAAACAAACAAACAAAUAUCAACCCAAAAGCCAAAAGGUGUCUCAGGGAGGAGAGCACACCAGCAAUGCACUACAAAGGGUUUUUGAAGAGGCACUGGCACCCAGAGACCCAGGUGUUGCCAGUGUUCCUGAUGAUGCUGCCACACCUACCUCCAGUACCUGCAGAAGCCACAGGCAGACUGGGCAGAGAGGGUCGUAACUUAAUAUAAGUUGUGAAACACGUCUCUUUCUAACAUUAAGUGCAAAACAAUGUCUGGAACGAUACAGAGCACCAAACACCAACACCAAAUUUUACUUUUUUCAUGGCAUGAUCAAUGUGUGGUUUAAAGCUGUAUGUGCAGAGGCUACACCAAUGCUGGAGGUAAGUGGCCAUGUUGGAGGAGAGGUCAUUAUCCACUGCUCUGGUAGCUGGUCCACAAACAACUGCACCAGCAACAUGUACUUCUGUAAAGGAGUGUGCUCCAGAGAAAACAUUCUCAUUCAGACUGAGAGGAAGACAUCUGCUGUCACUCAACGAGGGAGAUACAGCAUAGAGAUCAGCAGAGGGGAUGGAGUCUUCAACGUGACUAUAAAGAGGCUGAAGAAGGCGGAUGCAGGGGGAUAUCACUGUGGGGUGGAGGAAAACUUUAAAGCCUUGUACCAGAAGGUCAAUCUCAAAGUCCUAGAUGCGUCUACUGUUCCUCCUGGAUCUCCCUCCUCCACUACCACCCUGCAGACCGAGACAGAAACUCUGCCCCAAGGCAGCUUCCCAUCCAGCGCUGAACCGUCACCAGCAGCAGCAGUAACGCUGUCUGCUACAGACGAGAAAACAAACCAGAAGACAAACCAGAAGGCAGCAAGGACCCUCACAGAUACCACAGUGGUCAUCAUAGUUUCGGUGAGCCUGGCUCUGCUGGUUUGUGCAAUUAUCCCUCUUAUAUUCUAUGGACACUGGCGCAGUAAUGCGGUUUCAGAAGGUCAGAAUGGAAAUGAAGCAGACAAGGGUGAAGGGGAUUACUCUGAGGAAACUGCAGUGGUGAGGCUGCAGUCUUUAGAACCCGAUGUUGACCCAGAGUCCAGUGCUCAGGAUGCUUCCCAGUACGCUGCCAUCUACCAGGCACUUGAUCCCAAAACUCUGGACUGAGCAGGCUUUCUCUGCUGAGAGAUCAUCUCUGUCUUUUCUCUGUAUUUGAAAUCAAAUAAAGGACACGUGUUUGAGUAUA